AUGGCCGAGUCGAAACUUACUCUCUGGUACUCGCCCGGAGCCUGUUCGCUGGCACCCCAUGCCCUACUCUACGAAAUUGAGAAGCCCUUCGAAGCCAUCAGACUGAAUGUCAGCGGCGGGUUCCCAGAAGAGUAUCGCCAUCUCAACCCUAAGAUGCGGGUACCGGUUUUGUCGCUCAAUGGCGAAAUCAUCACCGAGAACCCUGCCGUGAUGACGGCCAUCUCUCAACUGGCGCCCGAGAAGCACCUCAUGGGCCAAACGAACCUGGAAAUUGUCCGGGUUUACGAGUGGAUGAAUUGGUUGUCCGGCAGUCUCCACGGGCAAGCAUUCGGAGGCCUCGUGAGGAGCCACCGGUUCUCAGACGACCCCAGUACAUACGAAUCUAUCAAGGUCAAGGCGCGGAAGUAUAUCGUCGAGUGCUUUGGCGAGAUUGAUCAGAAGUUAAUCGGCGUUCAUGCGGUGGGAGACCGAUUCACUGCGGUCGACGUGUUUUUGUACGUUAUCUAUCGCUGGGCUUUGCCCAUGAAUCUCCACCUGAGCCAGAAUUUUCCGAAUUACACAAAGCUGGUCGAGGAGGUCGAGAGACGCAAGUCAGUGCAGGCGGCUCUCGCGGCGGAAGGUCUGGACUCAAAACUGUAG